AUGCAAUAAUUUCCACAUGGUAAAAUAUAAUCUCGGAUUCAAUAAUGUGUACUGGCACUUGGGUGUUAGUUGUCGUUUUGCUUUCCAGACUGGUUCAAUGAUGACUGCAAUGCAUCAUUCGUCCCGAGCGUUUGACACCAUGUAAGCUCUGUUUGCACUUUCCAAAGUACCAUCCAAGAUCUGUGAUACUUUCCUGAAACGCAGAAAAAGUUGCAGGAUUUUAGGAAUAACGUUGCUAAAUUGCUGAGGAUAAUCAAGCGAAAUGAAAGCAUUUUCACUGACGUGGCAAAGCAUCAUAAUGUGGGCGGGGUUUAGUAUUGUCAACAUCCUGGUGACAUAACCCGUUUCUCCAAAAUGGCGACGGUGGACCACAGAGAAGGUCAGGACGACCCAGAGAGUGAAGAUGAGGUUUAUGAGGUGGUGGACCUGACAGAAUAUGCCCGCAGGCACCAGUGGUGGAGUCGGGUGUUUGGGAACAACUCCGGCCCCAUUGCUGAGAAGUAUUCCGUGGCCACCCAGCUCAUGAUGGGAGGGGUGACUGGAUGGUGUGCUGGUUACCUCUUCCAGAGAGUCGGGAAGAUAGCUGCUACCGCGGUUGGAGGAGGGUUCCUUCUUUUGCAGAUAGCCAAUCACAGCGGUUACGUGCAGGUGGACUGGAAGAAGGUGGAGAAGGAUGUGAACAAAGCAAAGAAGCACCUGAAGAAGAAAGCAAACAAAGCAGCUCCUGAAAUAAAUACAUUCAUUGAGGAGGUAAAGGCCACAGACUUCAUCAAAAGGAACAUCGUCUUGUCCAGCGGGUUCGUUGGUGGCUUCUUUCUGGGUCUUGCCUCCUAAAGCUGCUGCACACGCUGCAGGCUCCUUUUACUGUGAAUCGCAUCACUACAUACUGUAGGUCACUUUCCUCGCCGCGGUUUACCUCUCUGCCCCCAUGCGUGCAUCGAUUUCACCUUUUAACGAACUGAGAGGCGGGAGGGGGUUAUGUGGAACAUUAUAGCAUGAUCUGUUGUGACAGUGGUAUUAACUGUAUUACUAACCCCCCCUGUUUUAAAUCAACCCUGAGUUCACAUUCUGAAGUCUGUGUGUGCGUGUGUGUGGCUCAGUCGGGAGUGGGGGUGCUUGGAUUAUAAUGUGAGACUUUCUUCUGUAGGACCCUUGACAGAUCUUUGCCAAAAUGCUGAAUAUGUCAAGCUGCCACAAACAAGCACAGAUUCCUCAUUGCUUCUUCAACACUGAUCUGAGUCUAGCUUGUCCUUGCCCUCAUGCAUUGGCCUGGAGGAUGCUGAUCUCAAAUUGUUCUGAGUUGGCAUGUGUGGGCGCUAUUAUAAAUGCAUAGCCAACCCCCUUUCAGCGCUGUAAAUACCCACACAGGAGUAAAAAUUAUAUAAACAACAAGGAAGGCAGCAGUGGGAAGUUAACACCAUCCCCCAGUCUAGUGCUUGGAGGUAUUUUUUUUAUGUAGCUGUGAAGUUUGGUGAGCUUAUGUGCCAUUUAGGCAUGUAAGCAGUCCAGUUUUUAAAGUUUGUCACGCUGGCUGGGGGGUUAAGCAGAGUUAUUUUCCCACUCUGAGCAGGAGCUGGUAUCGAUAUACAACACAUAUCAUGAGCAUAAAUCACAAGUAAAUGUUACAUGUGUGAAUGUUCUCCACUUCACACUGACAAGAGUAUUGGAGAGACACAUCUUUUGUUCCCAUAAGCCCUCAGCUCCACAGCGCCUUUUAAUGACGGGAUGAGCAUCUGCUGUACCCUAAUUACCACCAUCAACAAGCCAGACACCAGUCCUGUCAUUAAAGAGCCUAAUGGAGCAGCGAGUGUGACUCCUCCGCCCUCGCUAUUGUUAUUGUGCAUUUAGCAGUGUCGGUUUAGCAGCAGCGAUGCUGCCGAGUCGUGUCCUAGGCAGGUCAUCCACACACAGGAGUCCACUUAAGUUGAUCACAAGUUGCUUAUUUUGGUUGUUUUUUUUGCCUUUUUCGACCAGUGCAAUAUACAGUAAUGUUUCAGAUGUCAGUUUUUGGAGAUCUUGUUAUGUCUACAGCUGGCAGUAUGUAUGCUCAUAUUCCCUCUUUGUUUCUAUUUAAUGUUAUUUUGUUACCAGAACUGUAUGAAUUUUGUUGGGUGUUUGUUUUAAAAUAAAGUUGCCUCAUUUUGU